AUGCUGGCUUCCAGGGCAUCCAGCAGCCCAUCAUCCACUAAACCCCUUGUCAACCUCUCCCCAGCCCCCUUCCGCAGCCGUCAUUGGCCCACCGUCAGCGAAUUUCCCCUGGUUGACGUUUGUUCCCUUUAUUGCUUCUUUUCUUGCUCGCUCUCUCCUUUGCCUGUCAACGACUCGAGCAAUUCUCUUGCCCGCUGCCGCUCGACAAACCAUUACUACGAGAUCGAGGCCGACACCGUACACGACGACGAUUUUACAGACGCCACUGCCUUCAAUACUCCAUUUUCUCUUAGCGCUCCCGAUUUGAGCCUAGCAACAGCUGCGACGCGCAGUUGUUGCAUUCCUUCGUUCUCUUUCUCUGCGUUUGUCUUCCGCCAACACCGGCUCCGUGCACAGGCAAUUAGCGCCCAGCCUCACUCUCCAGGACGUAGCCAACAACGUGAGAAGGACCUCGCCAUUUCUAGCGAGCGCGGUCGUCCAGGCGGCCGUGCCGACAACCUGUUUCCAACGGAUCCCCAUCUCGCCCGACCUUCUCCCUCCAACCCCAUACCGGCCGCCGUAGAUGCCCCCGGCAACCCUCUAAUACUGAGCCUCGAAACCCCAAGGUCCGCCUAUCCCGGAACCGGCUCAUCUUCUGGUCAAGCCGCUGCUGCUGCUGCUGCUGCCGCGUCGAAUAUCCAGCGCCAGCCAGCUCGACCCUUUGACGGUUACCAAGCAACAACCUUGCAUCCUUCGCCAUUUCGACCUCAAAAGGCUGCUGGAGUUGCUAAUCGUCCUCGUCGGUUAUCAGCUGUCCGUCUCUGGAAUCCUACAAAUUCGACGCCUAGGCCUCAUACCAAGCCCGAAUCAUCACGCAAACGUCGUCCCUCGACCCCUCCACCACCAUCUAUCCCUCUUAAGCACCCAAUAUUCGAUACCCGAGCACCGACCGAUCCAAUAGGUUCUGGACCCAGUGAUUAUCCUCUUCUUACGCUUUCCGAGCAGCAUCAGAUUAGGCAUUCUUUGACGCCUCGCGCAAGCCUUCAGGUUGAUAGGGCCGGCAGUAGUGAUAGGCGCAUAAGCCUACCGAAUUCUGUGCGCGCUUCUUACGACGAGAAAGGGUCUCGCAGGGGUGCAGUGUCCGCCGAAGAACCUCGCCUUAGCAGGGACCUGUUUGCUCAGGAGCCCGUGGCAGAAGAUCCAAUUGUCAAGAUUGACAAGGGCAAAGGGAAGGCUGUGAUGAUGCCAGAGACCGACGAUCCUAUGCCUUCUUAUGGCAAGGAUCUGGAGCGUGGUCCUGAUAUCAUGGACCCGCGGAUUUCUAACGUCUCGGCUGGCGAUGGAAUAGGAUCCGCUCUGUCGACGACAAAUUCUUCUAUUAUGGGUGAGGAUGUCGAGCCCGAUGCAGCUGGUGAAUGGGGUCCUCAGCACCCUUGCUACCCUCACCUCAACCCUCAUGUUCCCGUUGACUCACCCGAAUAUGUCAACACGCGUAUCAUCCGAAUACGCCGCGACUGGUUGAUCAAGGGCGAUUUGGCACCGACAUUUUCCAAUCUUUACCCAGAGAUUCUGGAUCCUGCUGGUCUAUCCGAGCAAGAAUUCCGCCGAAUUAUCGAGAAGCUUAACGGCGAGUUGAUCCCUGCGUUCGACCCUUACGACUUGCGGAAUAUAAUUGAUACUCUGCUUGGACUCGUCACUGGUUGGAUUUGGGAUGACGUUGGUCUCACUGGAGUCAAGUCUCGACUGAACAGUCUCGAAAAGUGGAUUGAGCAAUGGAAUCUUGAGAUGGAAAAAACCAUUGGCACUGAAGAUGGUGCUAUUCCACCCAAGAUCUUGCCUCUGCGACAAACGGGCUACAUGACUCUCGAUAUCCAGAUUCCUGAUCCAGAGAUUGCACCAGCUCCCAGCACCACGAACCCCAAUGAUUCCAGAACCGCAUUACCUCUGGAGCCUCCAUCCACUGUUGUUUAA